UGUAUAAUAGUGCGUCAGUCGUUCACCUCCUCUUCUGUUUGGUGCUUUAGUGUAAUGAAGAUAAAAUGCAAAUGGGAACUAAAACCUGCGUUCUGCUCUUGUGGAUACAGACACUAAGCUUCGUGAAAUGUCAGAAAUGCACUGUUCAACAGUUUAAAGAAAGUAGUGACUAUGAUUUAAAGUUUGACACAACUGUUCUGGAACCUGAAUAUACUAAUGGGAAACAAGUGAGAGUGCCCUGCAUUUCUGGCUACACUGGCUUUUUCAAGCUGACCUGUGUUGGACCACACUGGAGGACUACAGGCUCAAAAUGCCAAGCAAAAUCAUGCGGUCAUCCUGGCGAUGCCCAGUUUGCUGAUUUUCAUCUAGAAAGCGGAGAUGAUUUUGUCUUUGGGUCGAAAGUUGUGUACACCUGCCAAAAUGGCUUUCAAAUGGUCAGUCGGACAAACUACCGUCGUUGCAUGGCAGAAGGCUGGGAUGGCAAUGUUCCCGUGUGUGAAGCCCAAAGAUGUCCGCUCAUUCACCCGAGCAAUAAAGUCCAGGUGAUCGGGGAUCAUGAAGAAGCAUCCUUUGGCAACGUAAUUCGAUUUUCUUGCAAGUCCAGCAAUCAAAUCUUAGAUGGAGCAAAUGAGAUUUAUUGCAAUGAAAAUGGAGAGUGGAGUGGCGAAGUUCCAGAUUGCAGAGAUAUUACAUGUGACACCCCUGUGAUUGAACACGGGAGUGUUCGUGAUGCCCCUCGUGAGUACAAAGAAAAUGAAAUCCUGAAUUUUGAUUGCGGCAAUGAUUAUAAACGCACAGAUGAAAGAUUUCCAACAUGCAUAAAAGUAGGAGGAAAAGCGACUUGGAGCCCUACACCUGGAUGUAAACUUAAAACAUGUGAACUGGAAUUGCAGACAGGGAGAGGAACAACAUAUAUUCCAUCCAACACAAAUGUGUUUUUACCUGGGAGCACGUUACAAGUGAAAUGUGGGCGGAAGCACUGGAUUGUGGACAGCCAAACAACCACAGCAGAUGUUACCUGCAAAAGUAAUGGAGAGUGGAGUAUCAGGCCAGUAUGCAAAGAGGUUAUAUGCAGCGACCCACAAGACAAUGCUGUGGAUCGGUUUUCUGUCUACUGGGGAGGAAGAAAAUUAGAUCAAACUGCUGAAUAUUCAUGUAGAGCAGGCUUUGAACCAAGAGGCACCACUACAGCCACCUGCACCAGAGCUGGAUGGAGACCAGAUCCACUCUGUAAAAGAACAUGGUGCUCAAAACCUGACCUUGAAAAUGCACGCAUUACAGGAACGUGGAAUAACAGGAACGUGUACAGCAGCGGUGACUCUCUCGGCUACACAUGCAUCAACGGUGAUGACAGAACCUUUACUCUCACUUGUAAUGAAGGUUCCUGGACUGGGCUUGAGAGCUGUUCAGCUGUCAAACCUUGUAUAAAACCUGUCAUUGAAAAUGGAUUUGCUAUUGGACCAGUCGACGACGUAGCCUCCUACUCCUGUCACGAAGGCUUUAAGCUUUUUACCAAAGCCUGGUGGGGUGUGGCCAGAUGUAAUAAGGGCAGCUGGCCUGAACUAACACAAUGUAUUGAAAACAGUCAGUGUGGAGAAGCCCCGGAGAUUCUUAAGGGGAAGACAACACUUAACAACAACGGAUAUCCCCAGAGUUUAAGGAUUGAAUGUGAUGAGGGAUAUCAUACUCAGACUUCUGAUCUAACUUGUGUCCAAGGAGAAUGGGAUUUAAAACCCAAUCAUAUUUGCAUCGCUGUUGCAGAUCUCUGCGAAGCACCACCUAAAGUUGAAAAUGCAAUUGUUACAACUCCGUAUCAGAUGAAAUACUUGUCUGGUUCUACAGUAACUUAUCAGUGCCGUGACACAUUUGUCAUGGAGGGUAAAGAGACGAUUAGAUGCAGAGAUGGGGAAUGGGAGAAGACCAACAUUAUCUGUAAUGCUCAAUGCGAAAGACUACAAGAUGAAAAGCUGAGAGUAGAGAAUUUGCCAAUGGAUAAGGAGUUGUAUAAAAAUGGGGAAGUCAUUGAGUAUGUGUGUAAUGCACAUGAUGCAGGUGAUAGAAAUACUGCAACAUGUGUUGACGGCCAGUGGACUAAAACAGUAGAAUGUCCAGGCAUCCCUUGCACAGUUGGUGAAAUGGAUCCAGGUCUCAGUAUAGAAGAAUCACCAGUAAACGGAAAAGUGAAAGCUGGAGAAAAGUUACUGUUUCAGUGCAGUGAUCCGUAUGUUCUGCAAGGUUCCCAAGAAAUUGAAUGUUUAGAUACUGGAGAGUGGAGCUCCCCCUUUCCAACCUGCUCUGAAACCUGCCAAAUCCAAGGAGUGCCUCAGAUCUUAUACAUCACCGAACCGAUACCAAACAAUGAACUAAUGAAAGGACAAACAGUAACGUUUGCUUGCCGUAGAAGCGGGGAGUUUAUUCAAGGGAAUGAAACGCUUGAAUGUUUGGCAAACAGAAGGUUGAGUGGUCCCUUUCCAACAUGUAAUCAAGGUCCUUCAGGUUGUCAGAAACCACCGAGUCUUGCAGAUGGAGAUGUCAAGGAAAGCAUGAAGCCUGAGUAUGACCACAAUGAAAGAGUUGAAUACAUAUGUCAGAGAUAUCAUAUCAUGGAGGGGACGGGACAAAGAACCUGUGUGAACGGUGCAUGGACUGGAGAGAUAAAGUGCCUAAAGCCCUGCACGGUGAAUCAGAGAGACAUGGACGAACGUAAUAUUAGGUUUGCAGUUGGAAGAGGUAAAAAGAUGUACGCAGAACAUGAGGACCACAUUACAUUUGUUUGUAAACGUGCUGGACAAGUCAGCUCACUACCACUUCGCCAGCAGUGUGUUGAUGGUGUGAUGGACCUGCCCACCUGCAGAGAUCAAUACUGAAGUAAAAUGGGUAAAAUUAAACAACACAGUGCACAAACAGGCAAAUGAUUAAAAGGAGUAAAGUGUUAUGAUCCACUUCUGUGUGACUAUUUGAAUAUACUCCGUCAUCUCUCUCUACCUGUUAAUAAUGAACUUUAUAUAAGAUGUUAUUUGACAAAAAAAAAAAACUUUUUUAUGGAGAGAAUUUGUGUCAGAUGAUUCUUUUCUUUUUAAGCUAUGUCUUUGAAAUCCAGUUGGAAUUAAACAGUGUUAAAAUGAUGUAUUAAUCAAUGUAAAAAUCAAUGUAUAAAAAAAAUCAAUGUAUAGCAAAUCUGGAAUUUAAUACUAAUGUAAAAUUCUGUGCACAAAUAAAAAUGUGUUUUAAACAUCUAAUAUUCAUCGGUAGCAGCUUUGGGAUUUUAUUUUUAUUUAUUUUUUUAUCAGAACACUGAACUUUCAAACGGGAAGCAUACUGGACCGUCAUAUCAAACAAUUUGUAUGUGCAAGCUCCCCAUACUCCUUUGUGUUUCUGAU